AUGAAGCUCCUGGUCGUCCUCGCCGCCCUCGUGGCCGCCGCCACUGCCUACUCCUGUGGUAAGCCUGCGAUCCCCCCCAGCGUGAGUCGCGUAGUUGGAGGACAAGAGGCCACGCCCCACAGCUGGCCCUGGCAGGUGUCUCUGCAGCACCGUAUGGGUGACAUGUGGUUCCACUCCUGCGGCGCUACUCUCAUCUCCCCCGACUGGAUCAUGACCGCCGCCCACUGUUACAAGAGGGGCUCGGCCUAUCGUGUCCAGAUCGGUAAGCAUCGUCUGAGCAACGAGGAGGAGGAGGGAGCUAUCACUGUGCAGAUCGCCAAGGUCUUCGUCCACAACGACUACGACGAUCACCUGACCCGUAAUGAUAUCGCCCUCAUGUGGUUGGAUCACACCAUUGACCUGACCGACACCAUCCAGCCCGCCUGCCUGCCCCGCUCCGGAGCUAUCAUGCCCCACAAUGCACCCUGCUACGUCACCGGCUGGGGACGCCUCUCUACUAUGGGGGAUGGAUCUGACACCCUUCAGCAGGCUCUCCUGCCCAUCGUGGAGUACGCCAUCUGCAAGCAGCCUGAUUGGUGGAGCUUCCUGAUGACAGACAAGAUGGUCUGCGCUGGAGGAGACGGCAUAGUCGGAUCAUGCAUGGGUGAUUCGGGUGGUCCCCUGAACUGCCAGAACUCCGAGGGCAUCUGGGAGGUGCACGGCGCCGUGAGCUUCGGAGGCUCCAAAUGCAACGAGGUCAAGAGGCCCUCCGUCUUCACCAGGAUCAGCGCCUACACCAAGUGGAUCAACGAUAUCCUCAUGAUGCACUAAGAAGAGCCUCCUGAUUGGCAGAGACAUCACUCCCUGUCUGACAUCAUAUCCUGUGUGACAUAACAUCCUGUGUGACAUCACAUCCUGUAUGACAUCACGUCCUGUCUGACAUCACGUCCUGUCUGAUACUGAGUUUCGCUGUGUCCUGUCAUCUGACAACAAUAAAAUGAAUACACUUUUUUCACCACCAACCUGAGUUAAAAUGAAUACACCUUUUCACCACC